UUUUUUGUUUUACCGUUAUAAUUAUGUGUCCUCUCGUUCAGCUCCCCUCAUUUUUUUCCAAAUAUACUUUUAAUUAAAUUUAUUAGGGGUUCACCCAACUAGUAGUUUAUUCUUAGUGCACACUUUCACUCUAGCAAAAGCGUACAAAACAAACUCUGCUUUCCACAGAAUGUUGCAUAUUAACGAAUUGCCGCUAAUUGUUGUAGAAUCCAUCCUAGACUACGCAACGGAAACCGAUUCUCAGGAUAUUUCACGGUCAUGGGAGGACUCGCUUUGUUUGCUAUCGGUCUGCAGAUCAUGGAGAUCGAUUGCCUCUCGGUUGGUUUUCAAAACAGCGUAUGUAGUCAUAGAGGAGCCCAAAGAGGACGAAGAGGAAGACAGCGAGGAAGCAACAAACCUUGACUUUCUGAGGACUGCAAACAUCACACAUAUGGUUAGGAGCGUGCAUAUUGUUCUGGACAACCAGGUGAGCCUUGUGCGGUUUCUCAGUAAAUAUGCGGACAUGUUCAACUUUGGCAAUAGUAAUUGGAUCAGGACACGCUGCUUCGACAUGACCAUUAAUGAGGUCGUCAAGAAUAACGACGAGUUGUUCAUAAAUGAGCCUCAUAGUGAGCUCGCAUCGGUGUUUUCUAGCUUUGCCAAUCAAGUGGUGAAGAAUAUGCCCAACGUGGCACAGCUAUUAUUCGACAUUAACCCGAUUACCAAUCUGAACACAUUGGUCACCAGCAGGCUUAUCAAUGGAUUCCAAAACUUGAGCAGUAUCGAAAGUAGCUGCUACACAGUGUUUGACUCCAAGACACAGUUUACUAGCCUCACACGACUGACAAUCAAACUCAUACCCAACACCGACUUUGUAUUCCCAUAUAUCAACCCGGAUAUUAUCCAGCACAUUCAUAUCACCAACGUGCCGCCUACUUUCUCGUGGCACCCCUUUUUGUCAGACAAAUCGGCAGACAAGCUGGAGUUUAAAUCGUUAACCUACCUGAACAUAAAAUUUACCAAGCCAGAAGACCAGCUCAUUCCAAACAACUCGACUACGCGCGCCCUUCAGUACGAUACGUCAAAUAAACUGCAUGUUUAUUUCCCAAAUCUCUCAAAGCUAUUUAUCAGAAACAAAACAAGUGUGGGAUUCGACUCGUCCAUGUAUGUGUUCCCCAAGUACCUGGAUAGCAUCGGUGUGACCAAUUCAAUAAGCACUUUGCAACUUCUCCAAAGGGCUGAAAUCAAGCUCAUCGACCGGGUGGUUCUAUUCUUUGACGUCAUCGGUAAAACAGACGAAGCAAACUUUUACAAGCUGACCAACUAUUUCGCCGGAACUGAGGGUUUGACAAACUAUUCUAGAAUAUGCUUAUGGAGACUUGGGUUUGAGGUGGAUGUUUCGCGAAUUAAAUGGAGCCAGCUUUCGCAAUUACACAUGGUAGAGGUGACUGAAUUGAAUUGGCUUUUUGAGCUGAUUAAGAAUAUUCCUGAUUUGUGCAAUCUCACGAUUGCCAGCUUGUACAUUAACAGCAUGCCCGCACACGUCAGUGGACUGAUGAGCCAGUCAAACCGUGGCAUGGGUGUGCAUUUGGGUUUGCCAAUAAAUAAGACUAUCACAAAGUUGGUUAUAAUGGAACUAAAUAGCGAUGGGUGCUCACCCAGCGAGGUUGCCAUGUAUAUUAAACACAUGGUCAUUCAGUUGCCUAGCAUUAGACAUUUGCAUAUUACAGAUGCAGGCUGGAUGGAGAUGGAUAAAUUUGCUUCGAAACACAAGCAAUGGUACCCACAUGUAGGUGACAUAACAUUUACAUAUGGUUUAUAGCGCC